AUGCCAAUCUCUAGCGCGCCGACCAUAUCGCGUUCUGCCUCUGACUCCGCUUUGCAACCUCUCCAACCAAUUCGAGAUGCCGACCUUCCUGUCGCUACCGCUUCAGGCCCAAUACCGUACCCCAACACCAAGAAGUCCCAUGCGCGUAAACAACCCGCCGGUCACAUCCCUCGUCCACGGAACGCAUUCAUUCUGUUUCGCUGUGACUACUCGCGUCAGAAGCAGAAUAUGAUCGAGGAGGACUGGGACCAGAAUGACGUGUCUCGUGCUGUUGGGCAGAUAUGGCGCAGAAUGACUGUUGCCCAGCGGGCCCCAUGGGUCGUCCUGGCGGAAGAGGAAAAGAAACGACAUGCUAUUCAGUACCCUGGCUACAAAUACAUGCCGCGCAAUCGAAAAGCACCGCUGCCAACCGAGGAGGCAGUCCAAAACCAGUUUGUUCGUGCAGCAGAGCGUGUAGUUGCACAAGAACAAAAGGUGAAAGAAGAAGAGAUGCUGAGCGGGACAGUGACGAUUUAUUACCCGCCCUGGGCAGAGCGGCGCACGAGGUUGGUUCAACAACGCCGAGCAGUGUCUUGCCCACCUCCCGGCGCAGUGCGCAUCGAGCCUUAUACGGAAAGAGUUGACCGGUCAUCCGUGAAGACUUCAACAACCAAAAUCGACCCGUCCGAGAAAGGCAGCGACAUGUACAUCCUUCCUCUGGUCACUCUUCCCGAUAGACCAGAUUGGGCGGUUGAACCAGAUAAUGACCAUCCCCUUUCCAUUGCGCCGCCAAAUGGAACGCAUUGGGGACCAGCUCCGUUAUCCCCUACGGCCUAUCAACUUGGCCGUCCGGCCACAGUCGAUCACUCUCGAACCUAUUCAGGGAAUUACUUACUAACGCGCGGAGAUCUGUCUUCACCUGACCCAUCAUCACCGUCCUCUGGUUCGACGACGCCUCCCCCACUCACGCCCACCGAUCUCGACUUUGAUCGACAUCUGGUCUAUUCAAAUAGUCUGCCAGAUCAGCCCGACUUCCUGAACGAGUUUGGAACCCUACUGCAGGAGUCGACGAAUGCAAACUACCAACCAGUUCAAGUCACUACCCCUCCUCGCGAGUCCUUCCUUCGGACAACCUAUAUCAAUGCUUACGAGAUGGGCGGAUACAAGUAG